AUGAGCUCCGAUGUGAUCAAACGGAGCAAUCCCGCCGAUGAUUACGAGCUCCUGCAGCGUGUCGGCUCCGGCACCUACGGAGAAGUUUACAAAGCCAGGCAUAUCAGGUAAAAUAUCUUUUCUAUAAGAAAAAAAAACAAAUUCAAGCUUGAAAAAUGGGAAAUUUUGCAGAAGUGGCGAUUAUUCAGCAGUGAAGGUAGUGAAACUGGAGGCGGGCGAUAAUUUCGCCGUAAUUCAACAGGAAAUUCUGUUGAUUCGCGAAUGUUCCCACGCCAAUAUUAUCGCCUACCAUGGAAGUUACUUGAGGAGGUUGGUUUCAGAAAAAUAGGAAUACUUAUUAGUUGAAGAAAUAGUCAUUUUUUUUAAGUAUUUUAUGAGGAAAUGGACCAAUUUUUGUGUUUUUUCGGAAAACGAAGCACUAAAAAUUUGAAUCAUGAUGUUUUUCUGUAUUCAUUUUAUGAAUCUUCAUCAAUUUAUAUUUAUUUUUCAAGGGACCGCCUUUGGAUCGUCAUGGAGUACUGCGGCGGAGGCAGUUUACAAGACAUUUAUCAUCGUGAGUUUCUAAAAACAAAAAAACACAAUUUGCUAGAUUGCUGUUCAAAUUUUUGUACUUGAUAAGCUCGAAAUUCGAUUAUUUGUAAAAAUUUUUCGAGGAUAAUCCCUUAUUUUAUGAUCGAUUUUCAACGAAAAAAACGCUUUUUUUCAAAUUUAUGCUCAAAUUUUUGUUCUAAAUAAGCUCAAAAAUUCAGUUAUUUGUAAUAUUUUUCCUGAUCAUUUCUUUCUUUUUAUGUCCAGUUAUCAAUGGAAAAACCAAUUUUUUUCCGCUUUCUGUUCAAAUUUAGUACUGAAUAAGCUCAAAAAUUUAGUUAUUUGUAAAUUUUUUUGGGCUAAAUCUUUUGUUUUGUUCGAUUUUCAACGAAAAAAACCAGCUUUUUUUCUGAUUGAUGUUCAAAUUUUUACACGAUUUUUUUCUCAUUUCUGUUCAAAUUUAGCAUUUACGAGAGCUCAAAAUUCUCUUUAUUUGUAAAUUUUUUUGGCAUAAUCUUUUUUUAAUUUUUCUCCAAUUUUUCAACGAAAAAAAACCUAUUUUUUUCCGAUUCCUGAUCAAGUUUUGCACUAAAAAAAGCUCAAAAUUUAUUUAUUCGUAAUAUUUUUUUGGCAUAAUCUCUCCUUCUUACUUCAGAGUCAUCAUUAAAAAAAGCUUACAGCUUCCUUUUUUUCUCUAGUUUAAUUUUUAACCUUUGGGGCCUUUUUUUCACGUUAUAAUAACCUUCUUUCUUUGUAAAUUAUUUUUUUCUAAGGCUUGAAUAGAUUUUUUUCCGAUCUUUCUUUUUUUGUCAUUCUCUUCCAAUUUUUUUACACUAUAAUGACCUUUUUUUCUUCAAAUAUUAAUUUUAUAAGGAUUUACUAUUUUUUUUUCAGCUUUUUUGUUGCAUUUUCUUAAGUUUUCACAUUAUAAUGGCCUUCUUUUCUUCAUAUGUUAUUUUUCCGAGCUUCCUUUAUGUCAUUUUCUACCAAUUUACUCAUUAUAAUGAUCUUCUUCCCUUCAAAUAUUUUUUUCUAAGGCUUGAAUUUUUUUUUUUCAGCGUUCUUGUUGCAAUUUUCUCAAGUUCUCACAUUAUAAUGACCUUCUUCCCUUGUAAAUUAUUUUUUCUAAGGCUUGAAUAAUUUUUUUCCAGUAACCGGACCCCUUUCCGAGCUUCAAAUCGCCUUCGUUUGCAGGGAAACCCUGAAAGGACUCGAUUAUCUUCAUAAAAUGGCCAAGGUUUUUCAAUUUUUGUAUUUUAUGAAGCUUUUUUCAUGAUUUUUUUAGGUCCAUCGUGACAUUAAAGGCGCAAAUAUUCUGCUCACCAAUAGUGGCGACGUGAAAUUAGGUAAUUCAAUACAAAAAAAUGUUGUUUUGAAAUGAGAAAAUUGUGAUUUUUCAGCCGAUUUUUGGUGUGGCGGCUCAAAUUACGGCCACGAUUGGCAAGAGGAAAUCGUUUAUUGGAACGCCUUAUUGGUAAUUUUUGGGGUUUUUUUAAAAUAUAGACCAUACAGAAAAUGAUAAUUUUUAGCAUUUUGACUGAAUUUCAAUGAUAUUCUGAAGGCAAAAAAAUAUAAUUUUUUUCAAAAAAAUAUAACUUUUUUUCAACGGAAAAAAAAUUAUUUUUUUAGUAAUUUUAGGAUUUUUCCAGGCUUCUAGAGUUUGAAAAUUGCCUAAAAAUGAAUUUAAAAAUUUUUUUAGGCGAUUAUUUUUGAGGAAAUGUAAAAUUAAAUAGGUGAAGUUCUAAAAAAAGAAAAUAUAAUUUUUUUAAAAAAAUUUAAUUUAUUUUUUUCAACGAAGGAAAAUGGAUUUUUUUCAGGCUUUUAGGCUCCGAAAAAAAUGCUCAUAAAUUGAAAUUAAGGAUUUUUUUGUGCGGUUUUUUUGUGACGAAAUGUAAAUUUUUUUCCAAAGCCUUGACCAUUUGGAAAAUGAAAUAAAUAAAUUUUUCAGGUUUGUAUCGUUCAAAAAAACUGCUCAAAAAAAUGAGAUUAAUAUUUUUUUAUUUUUGUUAUUUUUUUGAACGAGUUGAAAUUGCUGACAUUCUAAGGACAAAAAAAUAUAAUUUUUUUAGAAAAAUUGAAAUAUUUUUUUGAACAGAGGAAAGCGGAUUUUUCCAAAGCCUUGCCCAUUACGAAAAUAAAAUUAUGAAAUUUUGAGGCUUCUAGGGCUCAAAAACUGAUUGAAAAACGAAAUUGAGAUUUUUUUUAAGCCGUUCUGGGGCAAUUUUUGAGGAAUGGAUGCUUUCUUUUCCUGCUGAAAAUUUUAACGCUUUGAUUGAUUUUUUAAAUUCAAUUCUGGCAAUUCUAUCGACUUUUCCCCCUCAGGAUGGCCCCUGAAGUAGCCUGUGUGGAUCGUCGUGGCGGUUACGGUAUGCAAUGCGACGUUUGGGCCACGGGAAUCACGGCGAUCGAGUUGGGCGAGUGCCAACCGCCGCUCUUCGAUCUCCAUCCCAUGCAGGUGAUUUUUGGGCUUUUCCAAUGUUUGUAGUGAUUUUUCGAGGUUCGAAAUGAAAGUUAGAGAAUGAAAGAAACUACUGAAACAUUAGAGAGUCAGAGACUCAAAAUGAAAGUUGGAGAAAAUGAAAUAUAACUGAAGUUUGAGAGAGUCAAAAUUACAGUCAGAAAAUAGGAAAGAUAAUGGGGAUUGGAGAGAGUUAGAGAUAAUUUUUCGCGAGAUCCAAAAAAACGGUCAGAUAAUAAGAAAGAUAACUGAAUUUUGAGAGAGUUGGAGAUCAUUUUGAACAUUCGAAUUCAUAUUAGUUAGAGAAGAAAAAAGAUAACGGAAGUUUGAGAGAGUUAGAGAUAAUUUUUGCGAAUCUCGGAAGAAAAAGUCAGAGGAUAGGAAAAACAACUAAAACUUGAGAGAGUUAGAGACAUUUUGAACAUUCGAGUUCAAAAUAGUUAGAGAAGGGAAAAGAUAAUGCAAUCUUUAGAGAGUCAGAGAUAAUUUCGAUUUUUGUAAGAUUCAAAAUGAAAGUUAGAGAAUGGGAAACAUAACGAAAAAUAUGGAGAUUCAGAGAAAAUCCUGAAUUUCGCGAUAUUUCAAAUAACAGUCAGAGAAGUUUGAGAGGGUUAGAGAUUAUUUUCAACUUCGCCCAAAAAAAAAACGUUCAGAGAAAGGAAAAGAUAACUGAUUUUUGAGAGAGUUAGAGAUAAUUUUGAACUCUACGAUAUUCAAAAGAACAAUCAGAGAAGGGAGAAAGCGCAAACUUUGGGGAGACAGAGAAUGGAAAAUAGAACGGAAACUUGAGAGAAUCAGAGAUUUUUCUGAAUUUUGUGAAGUUAAAAAUGGUUAGAAUCUGGGAAAGAUAAUUGAAAUUUGAGAGAGUCAGAGAUUAUUUCGCGGGGAAUGAGAAGAACAGUCAGAGAAAGGAACAGAUAACGGAGUUUUGAGAGAGUUGGAGAUUAUUCCGAAUUUUUUGGGGUUCAAAGAAACUGUCAGAGAUGUGAAGAGAUAACUAAAUAUUGAGAGAGUUAGAGAUAAUUUUUUUUUUUCGCAAAAGUCGAAAGAACAGUUAGAUAUUGGGAAUGAUAACGGAAACUUUGAAGAGUCAGAGAAAAGAAAAGAUAACUGAAUAUUUAGAGAGUUAGAAAUAAUUUUGGAGUCUGCGAUAUCCAAUAGAACAAUCAGAGAAGGGAGAAGACAGCGCAAACUUUCGAGAGUCAGAAAAUGGAAAAUAGAACGAAAAUUUGAGAGAGUUAAAGAUAAAUUUGAACGUCAAACGAUGAAUCAAUUUAAAAAAGAAAUCCGAAUUUUAAAAACACCUAAACCAGACAAUUUCCAGGUGCUCUACCUCAUGACGAAAAGCGGCUACAAGCCGCCCCAUUUAAAGGACAAACAUCGAUGGUUUUCCUCAGAAAGUUUCCACAAUAAAAAUGUCAUUUUCAGGUCCCCAUUGUUCCACGAUUUCGUCAAGCAAUGCCUGACAAAAAACCCAAAAAAACGGCCCUCGCCGGAAAAAUUACUAGCCUCCCAUCCGUUCAUUCUGGGCUCCUUGUCGUCGAGGAUGACCAGGGAUUUGCUAGACAAGGUCGGGAAUUUUAUGAGAGAAAAUAGUCCAUUUAAGGUACCUUUUACUGGAAAAAUUCUACCUUGAGUUUUGAAAAAUUGAAAUUUACUGUUCAAAAAUCCUUGUUAAGAUGGUGAAAAAGCGAAAAAUUGUUGGAUUUGAUGGUUUUUGAAGCUUUUUGGAAUGCAUUUUCGAGAAUUUUGAGGGAAAUAAAAAUAAUUCUUGGGUUUUUUUGUACCUUAUGAUUUUUUAAAAAAACUUAAUUCUCAUAAAAAAAUAAUGUGGGAAUCUUCAUUUUUUUGUAAAGAAAGAGCGAAAAAAAUGGAUAUUCCUUGAAAAAAAUAAGGGUUUUUUUCAAUUUUUUAAAAAAAUGAAUUUUUGAUUUUUUUGAAGUUUUUUUGUAAUGGAUUUUGAAGGAUUUUUGAGGGUAGUGAUUCUUGAUUUUUUUGUACCUUAAGAUUUUUUUAGAGCCCAAUUUUCACUAAAAUCUUGAGAGUUUUUCAUUUUUUUGUGGAUGAGACGCGAAAAAAAAGUGGGAUUUCAUUGAAAAUUAAUGGUUUUUUUGAAGCUUUUUGGAAGAGAUUUUUGAAGAAUUUUGAGGGGAAUAAAAAUAAUUCUUGGGUUUUUUUCGUACCUUAUGAUUUUUUUAAGAACCUUAUUUUUCACUAGAAUCACAGGGAAACCUCAUUUUUUUCUGUAAAAAAACGAGCGAAAAAAAGUUGAAUUUGAUAGAAAAAAAAAGUGGUUUUUGAAGCUUUUUGGAAUGGAUUUUCGAGAAUUUUGAGAGAAAGAACAGUUAUUUUUCGAUUUUUUUACUGUACCGAAAUUUUUUUAAGAACCUGAUUUUCACUAAAAUUGCAAGGAAACCUCAUAUUUCUGUAAAGAACGACCGGAAAAAGUGAAAAAAAAAUUUUUUUGAAGCUUUUUGAAGGUAUUUUUGAAGAGUGUUAAGGGUAGGGACAGUGAUUUUUUUGGGUUUUUUUCUGCACCUUAUAGUUUUUUUAAAAAAAUCUAAUUUCCAUCAAAAACCUCAUCAAAACUUUAAUUUUUCUUUUUAAAAACGACCGAAAAAAAGUUGAAUGAAAAAAAUAUGGUUUUUUUGAAGAUUUUUAGAGUCGAUUUGAAGAAUUUAGAGGGAAAUAAAAAAAUAAUUCUUGGUUUUUUUGUACCUUGUGAUUUUUUUAAAAAUCAUAACUUCCACUAAAAAUAACAUUGUAACAUUUAUUUUUUUGUACAGAUUCGAAAAAUUUCAGGUCAACGGGACAUCGAAAAAUUUCGCCGAGGAGAUGAAGCAGGUGGAGGAUUUGACGGAGGAGAGCGAUUUCGACGAAGUCGGGAUAUUCUGAAAGUCUUCUGGAAGAGAAUAUUCUCUUUUUAGGACCCCAGGACUCCAGAAGCCGUACCGAUUCGGAUAGGUCUUCCUUCCCAACUGAACGGCCUUCGAAUCGACUCGAAAGCUUUGAAUUUCGAAUCGCCGCCAACUCCGAAAGCGGGGAAUGGGAAAGGAGCCCCUUCGAGGGGAUACCAUUCCGAAAGGACCCUGCCUGCAAGGGUUUGUCUUUUGGGGACUACCUGACGAGCCUUUAAAAAUUUAUUGAUUUUUUUUUGGCCGUAAAAAUCACAUGUUUCAAAGACGCCUUUCUGACUGAAGUUUGAAAAGCUUAGGGACUUUUGGAGUUUCCCCUAUAGGGACCACUUAACCUUCUCCUAAAGGGAACACUCUAUCUUUCUCUGUAAGGACCACUGAAGCUUGUAAAAGUGGUCCUUCUAGGGGGUUUAGUUAGUGACCACUGAAGCUCGCAAAAACCCCCUAGAAGGACCACUUCUACAAGCUUCAGUGGUCUCUAUAGCCCAUAUGGGUGACGUGCUAGGGGUUCCUGAACGACUUUUCAAUACGUAUUUUCAUCUUUCUAAACCCCUAUAGAGGCCACUUGAGCUUGAAGACCCUGUAGGGGCCACUUUCAACCUAGGGGUCAGCUUUCUGAAGUUUGAAAAAAUGAGAAAGUCCAGAGUGGUCGCUAUAGGGGCGAAAUUCGGGGCCUUGGAAGCUCCUCUCUAGGGACCACUUUACCCCCUCUAUAGGGCCCACUCAAGCUUUGGGGGCUUAAGGGUCAGGCCGUAAUCUCCUGUAGGACCCACUUAAAUUUUAGCCUUUUAAGGGACCUUUUUUGUCCCCUAAAGAGGUUUUUUUUUUCUUCUAACCCCUGUAGGGACCACUUCAGAUUCUGGGGCUUAGGGAUCAAUACCUAAAUCUCUAUAGGGACUAGCUAAAAUUUUGCCUUAUAAGAAGAUCUUUUGUCCCCUAUAGGGACCACCUGAGCUGAUAUCUUGGAAAGUUCAGCCCUAAAGGCUCAAAAUACCUAAGAAACGCCCUUAUCUUCACGUCACGCUCUAAGGAAAACUCCUUAUCGAGUCCCAAACCUCGAAAAUAAAGAUAAGAGAAGCCUUCAGGACAUGCCGCCACUUCCCGACGUCGUCGGCGGCGAUGCUCUUCUCCAAGGCGGCGAUGGCGUCCUUCAUGAGGAGGAUGGAACUUUGAAAGGUUCCACCUCGAAGCUUUUCUCCUUGAGCCGGACUUUUUCAGGACCCCGAGCCCCGCCCCGAACUCUCAGAGCGGCCCAGAGAGCUCUCCUGGAACAAAGACCGUCGUCAGUCGUUCUCAGGCCUUCCUCGGCUUCCGCCUCCUCGGUAGAUGAGCCAAGGCCUCACACCUUCUUUGGGCUUCCCGUCACGCCAGAGGUUCUUGUUGGGAAAAUAGAAGGAGGGGGAUUGUCGUUUUUUGUGAAAAUCGGAAAUUUCUCGCCUCAUUUUGAAUUUUUCCUUUUACAGUACUGGCCAUAAAGGUAUUUCAAAGUGGUUAUUCGAGCAUAACUUCUCUGAAAGUGGCUCAAAUGACUUGAAACUUUGCAAAAAUUUCAAAUAGCUACGCAGUAACUUUUUCCCGAAAAAAAACUUGUUUGCUCAAGUCAGACCGGAUUUGAGAGCAAAAAAACCAAAAAAAUCGUGAAAAUCAAGAUUUUUUUCUCUUGAGAUUCGAAAAAAAUCAUAUCUUCAAAGAAACUUCGUUUUCGAACCAGAAACAUUUUUUUCCCCAGUAAAACAAGUCUUUGGCUUUCCAAAAAAACCUAAUCAGCCCCUCACCAACCCGAUAGUAAGAGCGUAGUGACUUUUUCUUCGAAAGGCCCUUGCGUUUUGAAGCCUCCUCAUUCAAAUGGACUAUACGAGGUCAUUUUUUGUUUGUGAACACCCUGUAUCAUGUUGAAAAAAACUUUGAAACACCCUCAAAAAAAAGUUUCACACUGAUUUCUUCAGUUUUCUCACUUUAUCUGCUCUCCAGAACUCACUAACUUCACCAGGACCGAUUUUGAAACCUCUGAUUUGAACAGUUUUUCUGGACUUUCGGGCGUUCAAAGUAGUUUGUAUCUGGUCAAUCGCUUUUAAAUCGUGAAUUUGAAAAUAAUUAAUGGCUAAAUUUCAGGCUCCUACAUCCUGAAGACUGCUAAAUUUUUUGCUGAAGCAUUAGUUUCACAAGAUCAAAAACUUAUUUUCCCAUAAAGUUUAAAGAAACUUUUUACAGUGCCUAUCUUUGAUCUGAGAGCUAGAAAAAAAGGAGUUAAAAAAAUUUAUCUCAUGAUCUAAAACAUUUAAAAAAAUAUGAAAAAAAGGGGUUUUUUUAUCAUCUUCCACAAGAUUUGGAGCCCUCUAAGCAACACUUGCUGAAACGAAGUUUUGAGAACUUUAAGAAACUCAUUAUAACUCACUAUAUCUUGCGAAUAAGUAAGCAAAAACACAGUGGGUCUUCUUUUUUUUUUAUUCAUCAAGGUUCUAAAGAAGCUCUGAAAUCUGAAAUGAGAAAUCGAGAAUGUUCUGAUUUUGAAAAAGGAGCAUAACCGCUUCAAAUCAGAGGUUUCAAAAUCGGUCCUAGUAAUGUUAGUGAGUUCUGGAGAGCAGAUAAAAGUGAGAAAGCUGAAGAAAUCAGUGUAAAACUAUUUUUGAGGGUGUUUCAAAGUUUUUCAACAUGAUACAGGGUGUUCUCAAACCAAAAUGACCUCGUAUAGUCCAUUUGAAUGACGAAGCGUCAAAACGCAAAGGCUUUCCGAAGGAAAAGUCACUACGCUCUUACUAUCGGGUUGGUGAGGGGCUGAUUAGGUUUUUUGGAAAGCCGAAGACUUGUUUUACUGGGGAAAUAAGUUUCUGGUUCGAAAACGAAGUUUCUUUGAAGAUAUGAUUUUUCGAAUCUCAAGAGAAAAAUCUUGAUUUUCACGAUUUUUGGUUUUUUGCUCUCAAAUCCGGUCUGACUUGAGCAAACAAGUUUUUUUUCGGGAAAAAGUUACUGCGUAGCUAUUUGAAAUUUUUGCAAAGUUUCAAGUCAUUUGAGCCACUUUCAGAGAAGUUAUGCUCGAAUAACCACUUUGAAAUACCUUUAUGGCCAGUACUGUAAUAGAUGUACCUCAAUCACCUCAAAUCAAUCUUUUUUUUUUUUGAAGGAGGGCGGGGCGGGGAAUUUUUAGUUUUUAGUAAAAUGCGAAAUCCCCCCGUAUACUUUGAGUUAUUCGUUAGAUUGAGUUUGCCUAAAUCACUUUGAAUCAGUUGUCCUUUUUUUAGAGGGGAAUCUUUUUGUUUUUGUGGGAAUCAAAAUCUCCCCCUUAAAAGUGGCAAUUUUUUUCCUUGCCAUCAUACCGUUAAAAUCUCAGUUAAACGCUUAAAAAGCGGAAUUUUCUGAAGCUCAGUUCUCACAGCAUCGAAGCUUUUCGACGUCUUCUGGAUUUCAGGUGGCCAUGGGUGCCUGCUUCACCAAGCUGAUCGAUGAGUGCGAACUUCGCGUCAAUUGCGCGGCUUCUUGGGUCCAUCCGAUGACCAACGCUCAGAUGUUGCUCCUCGGAACCGAACAGGGCAUUUACUCCCUGGACACGACCGCUUUCCCGGACGCUUGCUUGACUCAGGUGAGAUAUUCGGAACGAGGAAAACUGGUGAAGUUAGCUUGAGAGGCAUAUUCGAUCAAUGAAAACAGGGAUUUAAUUCACAUUUUCGGAUAGCCCGGAAGCACGUUGCGAUUGAAAUAGUCCCAUUGUCGGAUAGUCCGGGGUCUGCCCGCGAUUUGAAGUAGUCGGGUCGCCCCGGGCCGAAUACUUCAAAAAAGAAGUCGUGACAUUUUCGGGCAGUACCGGGUUGUCCCGGGAUUUGAAGCAGUCAACCCGGGCGACCCGAUCCACGAAGGGGUCACAUUUUCGGGUAGUCCCAGGACGGCCCGUGUUUUGAAGGAGUCGCAUGGGGCGACCCGGCCAACGAAGUGGUCACAUUGUCGGGUACCGGGUCGGCCCGCGUUUUGAAGGAGUCGCCACGGAUCGACGCGAGGAGUUUUCACAUUGUCGGGUAUUCCCAGGUCAGCCCGUGUUUUGAAGGAGUCGCAUGGGGCGACCCGACCAACGAAGUGGUCACAUUGUCGGGUAGUCCCGGGUUGCCCCGCUAUUUGAAUCAGUCUCAAGGGGUGACACGACCCGCGAAGUGUUCACAUUCUCGGGUAGUCCCGGGUUGCUUCGCGAUUUGAAUCAGUCGCCCCCGGGCACGUUGCGGUUGCCCUGGGAUGACCCGCGUCAUCAGCAUCUCUGAGUACUUUUGAAUUUUCGGGCAUCUCAAGGGUGGCUGCUAACUUUUCAUCAAUUUUUUUUUUGAUAGUUUUUAUCGAAGCUAGAACGUUAGAUUGAACUAAAUUAAAAUGAUUUCCAUUUUUCUUCCAGAUCCAUCAUCGCCGGUGUUCCUGGAUGUUCGUGCAUUCGGAUCGGUUAGUAGCCAUCCAAGGGAAAACUCCAUAUUUGUACAGGUCUUUAUUGGGAGUCACUCAAAAUCAUCCCGAAUUUUGUGACUUCAGACACGAUCUUCUCGCCUUGACGCAAAAGAACCUGACCCUGAAGAUGAGCAAACCGAUGAACAAAGUCCCAGAAAAAUACAUUCCGAAAAGGCUGGCGAUUACCGUUCGAAUGCCGGAAACUAGGUGAGUUUCGGGGAAAUGAUGGUUAGUUAAAAAAACCCUUGAAAAUCCAAGAUCGUAAGAAAAUAGUCGCUAAAGUAGUCCCUAGAGUGAUAAAGUUAGGGGCUUUUGUAGGCUCCCCUCAAGGGACCACCUUACUUCUUCGUGAAGGGGCCAAUAAAGCUAGCAAAAGAGGCCACUCUAGGGGUGCAUGCUAGUCGUCUCUAUACGUCUUUAUAACUUUAAAAUCAGAACAGAAAAAUGAAGGACCUCUCUAGGGACCACUUAAGGGUCAUACCCCAGCUUCCUAUAAGGACCGCCUAAAUUUUAGCCCUCUAGGGAACACUAUUUUGCCUACGGAGCUUCUUUUUCACUAAUCCCUUUAAUUAUCACUACGGCGUUCCUGAAUAACUUGAAAGUUUCCACGCUCUAAUGAUAAUUUGGGAAGGGCAACGAAAACCGGACGUUUCUGAAAGUUUCUAGUGGCCACUUUAGCGGCCAGUAGUUGAUGAAAAUAUAGACUAAAGUGAUCACUUGAACUUGAGAGUGGCUACGCCGCUAAAGUGAUCACUAGAAAAGAAGAGUUCUAACUCCGCGGAAGUGACCACUAGAGCUUGAGAGUUCCGACGCCGCUAAAGAGUGCUCUAGGACGUGAGAGUGCUAACGACGCUAAAGUGGUCACUAGGACAUGAGAGUGCCAGUCCCCCCCUUUUAAGUGGUCACUAGAACCUGAGAUUGCCGACGCCACUUAAGUGAUCACUAAAAAGGCUCAAAAACGUACCUCCACUAUACGUUACCGAGGUUCAAGAAACCAUGAAAAACAUUUUUGACGGAAAUUUUGCGCUUCAAUGGUAUUUUUUGUUUGUAUAAUUAUACUCUGAACGAAUUCACAUGGAUGAGGUAUACUAUAAAGAUGUUAGUUUGAACUUUUGUCUACAAGAAUCGCGGAUGAUAAAAUAAUUAGAAAACUGAAGAAUAUUCUGCAGAGGCGUCAUGCAAUGCACUGUAAAGAAGGGCGACGGCGCCCAUUCGAACUCCCUAUUUUUAUGCUGUUGUGUCCCGAACGCCGUUCAUUUGUUCCAAUGGUGAGACGCUUCGAAAUGAAUUCAACUCAAAAAAAUUAUUCUUAGGUACGACCCAAUGCAACAAUUCUUGCUGGUCAGAACGUCAGGCCUUCGAACCAACACCAAGUUCCCCUUGAAACCUUUCAGCGUUCGUUUCCGUCUUUCAUAAGCUAUAUCUCUGACCUUCCUGCGCCCUCUUUCCUCUCACGGGAAUGAUUGGAAAAGCACGAGAGGGCCCAGACAAGUCAGAGUGUGGAAUCAUUCCAUUUUCAGCUGGUCAACACGAGAUCCUCCGAUUUUCCGAUCCUCUGUGUUGGCGUUCGAAAAAUGGCCACCCAAAAAGAGUACCAUUUCGAGUGGAUCCGAUUCGAAGCCAAUUCUAAGGUUUUCCUCGAAAAUCCAAAAAGGUAAUUAAAAAAUGGCUUCAGAUUCCCGACGAAGAUCCAUCUGGAGUAUUUUCCGAGGAUGAAACUUUCGAUGUCUGUAGUUUGCACCAAAUCGACCGGGAUACGCUUUGUUUCGCGUUUCGAAAUAAGGUGAUUCAUGUCAAAAAAAAAUGGAUAUUUUCCAGGUUACGGUAGCUGCUUUCGUGUAUGCACUAGAAGCAUUAGACCUUACGAGCAAAAUAAAAGUAUUGACAAUUGAAUUCGGUUUUGAGACUACGGUUGUUCUAUUUCGGUGUAUGCACUAUAAGCAUAAGAUCUCACGAGCAAAUUGACAAAAUACUGAAAAAUUAAAUUUUUAAUUUGUGAGUUUACGGUAAUUUUUUUGAUGAUUGCACUAGACACAUUAGAUCUCACGAGCAAAAACCAAAAUAUUGUUGAAAAUUAUGUUUGUGUUUUUCGAGACUACGGUAGUAGUAGUCCUAAUUAGGUGUAUGCACUAGAAACAUUAGAUCUGACGAGCAAAUUGAAAACAAAAUCAUAUUAAGGUGGUACUAACCGACUUCUACGGCGUCGAAAAGCCCAAGCCCUCAAUAUUCACCUUCAACUUCCAUGUAGAGUACCUUCACGUCCUGAACGAUUCAGUCCUCGCUUUCCACGCCAACGGAGUGCAGGUACUUCCCGGCAAAAACCCCGACGGGACUCGAACCUGAGAGUGUUUCAGGGCCGCUGCCUGAAGACCAAUCUCAACACUCAGGAACUAUGUGACGUCUCGCGGCUCUACAGAGUCAUCGGCGAUGAUAGGUGAGGCUUACGGUGGGACGUACUGUAGUGGGAUCUAGGUUUUCCGGUUACUGUAGCUUCUUUAAAGGUUUCUUCGUGGGAAAAGAUUAAAGUUCAGGUGUUUCUAGUGAAUAUUACGGUGGGUUACUGUAGUUUUUAUGAGGCAAGACAUAAGAGUACUGUAUCUUUCAAUAACCUGUGUAUUUUCGUCCCAAGAACUUCUUUCAGAGCCAUCGUCCUGAAAUCCCAGCAGUUGACGAACGGAAACACGUGCGACAUCAGCUUGCUCACCGGACACACCGAUUUGCUCUCUACUAUAUAA